CACAUCUCGCGCGCCCCCCUCUCCCUCGUUCACAUCGCUCACCAACUACAGCCAGCAGCUUCUCUGUCCUAUCAUCUCCUUCCUUCUCCGUAGCUUAGCUCAGCCGCUUCCUCUCCUCCCUCCCCACUAUCCCCCUUCUCGAUCUCUAUCUUCUUCCUGCUAGCCAGAAAGCUACUCCGUAGUCCGUACAUGUGUGCAUCGCUCGAUCGGCUUCAGUCUGCCAGUUCUUCUCUAGUUAACCACCUUUAAACUCGUCGACGAUAAAUAAAAAACACAAGACCCGCCGUCCUGCGGGAGCGUGUGUAGUAGGUAGACAUCUAGGUUUUGUUGCUGGAUCUUCAAUUCGAGACGGGAAACCGGGCGGCCAAAGCCGGCAGCGAGGUUGUGUUUGGUUCCUUGCUGGAUCGGGAAGCUAGCGCGCGCGGUCGAUCGAUCGAUGAUGGCAGGAGCAGCUCAUCCGAUGCAUUUCUGCAUGGACUCCGACUGGCUCAAGGGCAUGGUUGUCCCCGAGGAUCAGGGCGGGGCUAUGGGGUCGUCAUCGCCAUCUUCCCCGUCCGAUACUAUGAUCAUAGCGUGCCCGCAGCCGAUGCAGCAGCACCAGGCCCAGCAGCAGGACCGCCGCCUGCGCCCGCAGCACGACAGCCCGCUCAAGUGCCCGCGCUGUGACUCGGCGCACACCAAGUUCUGCUACUACAACAACUACAGCCUCUCCCAGCCACGCUACUUCUGCAAGACGUGCCGCCGCUACUGGACCAAAGGUGGCUCUCUCCGCAAUGUGCCCGUCGGCGGGGGGUGCCGCAAGAACAAGCGGGCCACCAGGAAGCCCUCUUCCUCCUCAGCUGUUGUCGUCCCUGUCGCGCCAUCGCCGGCCAUGCCGAUGUCGAUGAUGCUUCAUGGCGGCCGGCAUGUGGAGACCAGCGGCGGCCUCCACCUUUCCUUCUCCGGGUCGACGAUGCAGCUGCCGUCGCACACCUCAGCGCCCGACCCGCUCUGCAGCAGCCUCGGGCUGCUGGACUGGAAGUACGACAACGUCUUCUCAGGCUCUGGCGGUGGCACCACGUUUGAGAGCGCGAACUCUGAGGCAGCGCAUUUCACGGGGCAGGGCAUGAUGGGCAUUGGAGGUAGCCGCGGCGGCGCGGACUGCCAUGCCCUGGACGCGCUCCGGUACGCGGCCAGCCUGGGCAUGGGCGAGCAUCUGGCGCUGCCGUUCGGUGCAGGGGCACGAGCCGAACGCGACCACGCUGUGGAGAUGAAGCCGUUGUCGCUGGAGUGGUGUGGCGAGGCGAGCCGCGUGCCAGAGAGCUCCACCAUCAGCUCCCUCAGCGGGCUGGGCCUGUGGAGCGGCAUGAUCAGCGGGGCGCACCACCACCAUGGAUCCUCUGCCGCCAUCUGAACCGGCGAAGCAUGCAUCAUGUGGACGUCCAGCCCUCAUGCAUGCACGCAUGUGUGCGUUAGUGGUUUGCUAAUAGCAUUAACAAGUACCAGGAGUACGUAGAAGUGCUUGCCUUCUUUUCAUUCUUGUUUUGCUUGUGGUUUCAUGCAUGAUUUGCUGCUGUUUCUUUUUUGUUUCCAUCGUUUGCUUGGAUCGAUGUUAAGUUUGCAUCUCUUAUAUUUCCAUGUACUGGACAAUGUUCUGUGUUGCUCAACGCCACACAUUGCUGUGGUUCAAUCAAUGAAGUUCGUGGCUGUUUCUGUGAUC